AUGCAUGUAGACAGCAAAGUCAUCCCCGACAAAGAAGCCCUGAGGAUCGGCCUAAGACAGAGGAGGAAAUGUCCUCAAUUCACCAGCGACACCUGCCCAGGUCCCCCUCCUCCCCGUUGUCCCCGACAUUUCUCAGUCCCCCGAUCCCCCUCGAGACCGCCCGCCACCCCGGGCUCUAGCUCUACGUGCUCUCGGCCUCGACCCCCUCUGGGAACCCCCGAUCCUGCUCCCUCCGCACCCCUGCCCCCACCCAGGCGGCCGUCGCCCCGGCGGUCCCCCGGGCCCAGACUCCUCGCGCUUGCCAGGAACGCCAGCCGCGGCCACUCUCCGCCUCCUCGGCGACCCCCCGCAGGCCGGCCACUUGGAAUUCUGCCUUCUCGGCUCUACCUGUCCGGCGCCCUCCCAGCCUUGGAGCGCAGGCCCCGCGAGGGCACAGCUCAGGCUUCCUCCGCCAAAGGCCCCGCGCCGCAGCCUCACCUGCUGCCUGGUCCUCUGUCAGCGCCACCGCGACACGGUUUCUUCCUGGGGCAUGAAAGCACCGGUUCCGCGGCCUGGGCGCGCUCGGCAGGGCAGGGCGGGGUACUAGCUCCAGCGGCCGCCGCCACCUCAGUCCGCUCUGCGCCUGCGCCGCCUCGCGGGCAGGGUCUCGGAGGGGCGCCGCCUACAGCCAGGAGCAAUGGCCGGAGCGCGGGCCCGCGCGGGUGCCUCCGCGCUGUGAGCCGUCUAACAGUGCGGGCGGCGGGUCGCCUAGGAACUGCCCGCGGCGCCUCCGUCCCAAGACUUGACCGCCAUGUUUCUGUUCCCUUUUUCUCCCCCGCCUUCCGCCCCUUUCCACAGAACAGCACUUUCCUUUCCUCCUCCCUCUCCCUUUCCUCCUGCGGGGGCGGGUGGAAAAGGGCGGUGGGGGGGAGAAGGCGUGGAGAGGAGGGGGCGGGGCGGCGCUCAGGCCCCGCCCCCGGGGUCCGAGGCCCCGCGGCCACCGCUCCCCUCCCCCGACCCCUGCGCGACCCCGGCUGGGCGCGGGGUCUGAGUCCUGUGGGCCUCCGAGUCCCUCCUCCGCGUUCGCGCGGCCGAGCCUGCACAAACAGAGCUGGGGAGAAAGCGCUCUGGAGGUCGCUGUGCACCCCUUCCUGCGGGGCUCAGCCUCGGCGUGUAAUAUGGGUUUAUUGCCUUGGCCUCAGGCAGGUGGCGGCUUCUUCUCUCCGAGUUUUCAAAGACAGGGAAAGUGAUGUCGAGUGGCUGAAGGUUACUGAGGACAGUGCCGGGAGAUACGUGAAGAUUCCUUCCCUGGGUGGGAGCUGGAAUUCCCACGCAUGAGUAGGGGGCUCUGGGACCCCAGAGAGACCGGCGCGCUGGCGCUUCCCGAAACCCCUUGGCUCCAGCGCACCAUGAUGAAAUGAUAAAAGACUGUGACUUCAGUCUUGAAUUCUCUGUCUCAUCCUCUUGGAUUGCUUGCUCUUGGGGAAACUAGCUACGAUGCCAUCAGAUUUCCUCGUGAUUUAAAUUAGAAGUGGAUCCUCCCCAAACUGAGCCUCGAGAUGAUUACGGCCUCAGCCAACGUCUUGAUCGCAACGUCCUGAGAGACCCUGAUCCAGAUCACCCUGCUAAGCCACUCCCGGAUUCUUUACUCACAGAAACUGUGAGGUAAUAAAUGUUUCUUCUUUCCAGCUGCAAAA